UAAUUCUUAUCAAAAUGGGAAACAAGAAAAAGGAAAGAAACGCCUAACCCAAACCUUCCUCCUAUAACAAUCUCUCUCUGUACACUCAACCCAUCCGCCCCACCGACCUUUUCCUUUCAGAAGUGUGAUCGGCCAUGGAAAUUCUCUGCAAGACCCAUCAAAUAUUAUUGUUAUUAUUCACAAUUCUCACAAUUUCUUACCUCCAGCCGCCUAAAGUACAAGCCUUUAAAGCACCCUUUCAUCCUAGGGACGUAUUGCCAUGGCUUCCUGGAAAAGUGUCAUGGCCAAUUCUGGGCACUCUUAAUAAUGCUGCGGACCUUUUACCCUCUUUUGUGGGGGCUGCCUUCGCUUCCAAUAACUCGCUGAACUGGAAAGGAUCUUGCUUUUAUAAUAACAGUGCUUGGAUGGAGUUUCAUAAUAAGAGUAGCACUGAAUUUGGUGGUGGUACUCUUCAUAUAAAGGUUAGUAAAGCUCAUAGUUGGACAUGUAUGGAUCUUUACAUCUUUGCGACUCCAUAUCGCGUUACAUGGGAUUAUUAUUUCAUAUCUCGCGAACAUACCCUUGAGUUCAAAGAGUGGGAAUCGAAAGCAGAGUUUGAAUAUGUAAAAAAUAGGGGGGUUUCGAUUUUUCUCCUACAAGCAGGGAUGUUAGGAACUCUUCAGGCUCUGUGGGAGGUAUUCCCUUUAUUCACAAAUACUGGAUGGGGUGAGAACACUAACAUUGCAUUUCUAAAAAAGCACAUGGGGGCUGUUUUUGAAGAACGCCCUCAGCCAUGGGUGACAAACAUCACUGUUGAGGAUAUCCAUUCUGGAGAUUUCCUGGCACUGUCAAAAAUUCGAGGUCGUUGGGGUGGUUUUGAGACACUAGAAAAGUGGGUAAGUGGAGCUUAUGCUGGUCAUACUGCUGUUUGCUUAAGGGACUUUGAAGGAAAGCUAUGGGUUGGAGAAUCAGGGCAUGAGAAUGAGAAGGGAGAAGAUGUUAUUGCAAUCUUACCAUGGGAUGAAUGGUGGGAAUAUGAGCUGACAAAGGAUGAUGCCAAUCCACAAAUUGCAUUGCUUCCUUUGCAUCCUGAACUCCGGGCCAAGUUCAACGAAAGUGCUGCCUGGGAAUAUGCAUUAAGCAUGUCAGGAAAACCUUAUGGAUAUCAUAACUUGAUAUUUAGCUGGAUAGACACAAUCAGCGAAAAUUACCCAUCACCUUUGGAUGCUCAUCUGGUUGCUUCUGUUAUGACUGUUUGGACUCGGCUAAAACCUGCAUAUGCUGGUAAUAUGUGGAUCGAAGCAUUGAACAAACGACUUGGAACUCAGCAGAACCUUAGCCUUUCUGAAAUUCUCGUGCAAGUUGAGAAGCGUGGUUCAUCGUUUGGCGAAUUAUUGGCAAUUCCCGAACAGGACAAUUGGGUUUAUGCUGAUGGAAAGUCCACAUCCUGUGUCGCUUUUGUCUUUGAAUUAUACAAGGAAGCAGGGCUGUUUGGUGAUCUUUCUAGCUCCAUUCAAGUUACUGAGUUCACGAUAAAAGAUGCUUACUCUCUCAAGUUUUUUGAGAACGAUUCAAGCCGGUUGCCCAAGUGGUGCAAUGACGCGGACACAGUGAAGCUCCCAUUUUGUCAAAUUCGAGGGAAAUACCGAAUGGAAUUACCUGGAUACAACACCAUGGAUCCUUACCCUCACAUGAACGAAAGGUGCCCUUCUCUGCCACCAAAAUAUGCCAGAACAACUGGUUGCUGAUAGGCUAUGUAUACGUUCUUUCCACGACAUUGUGCUCAACAUUUAGUCGAGUUUUUUAGGUUGCUUACAUUUCUUUUGUACAGGUCUUGUAUAUUAUAAAAGAUUAACACGUAACAUCGAAAAAGCUUGACAUGCUUCUUGUUCUUUGCUAAUUUAAGCAAAAAGUGAUUGACGGAGGGAAUAAUAUGCAUUAUUGUACAGGGUGCACAGUUAAAUAAAGCAAUGAAACCUUUAUAACAAUAUUCUGAGAAUGUUGAUAUCA